AUGUUUUCAUAUUUUCGAUUAACUUUUAAUUUAUUUAAAAAUGUGAAAGAAUUCCCUUUUAUUCAAAAAGACUUUGGGUCAAUCAGAACAAUUCAUUCAACUUGUAUUCUUAAUUGGGAUGGAUUGUUGGAUCAUAAAUAUAUAAAUUGGCCAAUUAAAUACGAACAUCAGCCAAAAGAUAGAAGGCCGAUUAAAGGAUAUCAUUACAUUAAAGGAGUUGUUUUGAAAACUUUAAUUAAACAUCCAAAAAAACCAAAUUCUGGGAAUAGACAAUGUGCUUUAGUUCGUUUAGAUACUGGAAAAGAAGUUAUUGCUUAUAUUCCUGGGGAGGGACAUAAUUUGCAAGAGCAUAGCCAGGUUCAUGUUCGAGGUGGAAGAAAAAGAGAUUUAAUUGGAGUUAAAUGCUGUAUUGUUAGAGGAGCUUUAGAUUGUGCACCCGUUAGAAAAAAGAAGACAGCUUAA